UUCGGAUGCAAAUCAGAAUUUCCUCCAAACUUUUUGGCCGUUUGGGGGAAAAGCCGGGCUGAGGCGCUGCAGUUUUCAUCUCCCACCUUCCCCUCCACCGCCGACUCCUCAGCCCCGCCACAAUGUCUCUGCGGCCUCCGCCGCCGCCGUACAGACCAGCUCCGCCGCCUCCCGUCUGCGGGUUCUCAUUCUCCAGGUCGUGCACCAUCCCGCUUCUCAGCGACCCGAGGCGAGCGACGCCCAAGCUCUCCCUCACUCCCAGCUGCUCCUCCUCCACCCCGCCGGGCGUCCCCACCAACCCGCCGUUGGUGAAGAAGAGGAAGCGGUACCGGAAGCUCUACCCGGGGGAGACCGAGGGCAUCACCGAGGAGAUGAGGUUCGUCGCCAUGAGGCUCCGCAACGUCGGCGGCAAGUACACGCACAGGGUCAAGAGAAGCGGUGGCAGCGGCAGCGGCGGCAGCGGAAGCGAUAGCGGCAGCGACGGCGAGGCCGAGGAGGUGGCGACCGGAGAAGGAGAAGGAGAAGGAGAAGGAGAAGGAGGAGGGGAAGGGGACGCGGGUGGUGGGUUGUCGUCGGAUGGGAGUGAGGGUGGGGAGACGUGGGUCCCUAGCUUGGAAGGCUUCGUCAAGUACUUGGUCGAUAGCAAGCUGGUUUUCGACACCAUCGAGAGGGUCAUCGACGAAUCGAGUGAUGUUGCUUAUGCUUACUUCAGGAAAACUGGAUUGGAACGUUCAGAAGGCCUUUCGAAAGACCUAGAAUGGUUUUCCCAGCAGAAUGUUGUAAUCCCCAAUCCUAGCAAUGCAGGGAUUUCGUAUUCCGAGUAUUUAGAGCAACUUGCAGAAAAGAGUGCCCCUUUGUUCCUGUCUCAUUUUUACAACAUAUACUUCUCCCACAUAGCAGGUGGUCAAUUGAUAGUGAACCAGGUCUCUCAGAAGAUACUUGAAGGAAGGCAUUUGGAAUUCUGCCAAUGGGAAGGAGAUAUGCAUGAAUCACUGAAAGGUGUGCGAGAGAAGCUUAACAUGCUUGGAGAGCACUGGUCUCGUGAUGAGAAAAAUAAAUGCUUGAGAGAAGCGACAAAAUCCUUUCGUUAUAUGGGGCAAAUUGUGAGGUUGAUCAUCUUGUAAAGAGAAAUGCCAUCCCAAAUUUCGGCCUUUUGGUUGACCAAGAAUUGCUACUGAGGAUACGACAUGUCCAGAUUUCCUACUAUGAUUCAAACCCAAGGAGAAGGCAAAGACAUCCUCAUACGUCGGCUCAAAUAAGGUUGAUGGUGUAUGGGAUUCGGAUUGCUAGUCCCAGAUUGGAUGAAGGCUUCAAUGCAGUAAUUCAAAGAUCAGGCUAGGAUGGAUGCGAUGCCAUUCAACUAAGUAAAUGGCGGUGUCCAUUGCUUGUUAGAGUCGUGAAAUGCACGAGCAUGAUGGUUAGCGACAUUGAGCUGAUUUGUGAAGUGUAAUCUGAGUUGUAAAACACCGAGUUGUAAUUCAUUUAAGAGUAGACUGAAAUGUUCAUGCUAGUUCUCUAUCUCAUUCUCGUCGUGGAAUCUGCUCACAACAGUUGACCUAACCCGGCCAAAAUACUUCCAGGUCGUGGUCGGGUUGAUCGAGUUUUUGCUGGAUGAAAAAAGAUUUUCCA